GUUCUGACAUGCGACAAGUGCAGGUGACUGGAAUCUUCUCACACUUGCCGCAUGCUGUUCUUGAGGUCCGAGGACCGGACUGUCAAACCAAGCGGCAACAUUGUGGAACAUUUGUGUCCUGGUGUUUCCCACAUCGACACCGCAAGAAGCGCAGGUGUGAAACAAAAGAUGGGAGAAAACAACUGACUUCCAAUCAAGCUGUGACAUUACAAACACAAGAAAAUUUCAGUGGGCUGCUGCACACGGUUUCCAGAAAAGUAAAGUCAUCUUAGAAAGUAAUUCCCACAUUAAAAGUAAGCAUUAAAAAAAAAAAAAAAAAAAAAAAAAGAGACCAGCCGACAUGACUUCGAUAAACGCCGAAGGAAACACAAAGGUCGGAGGUCAAGAAAUAGGACAGUCACAAGAGGGCGCUGGAGAGGAUGCAUCUAUCGUCAACAUCGAGACUUCGGGGACAUCAGACAGACAAACAAUCACGGCGCACUGCAGUCAUGUGACCAAGUCACAGCACACCCACAACACUUCCACCGAUAACAAAAAGGCCCUCGGCAGUGACGUCAUUACAGCUGCUGAUGAUGGACAGACAGGAAAAGAAACUCAAAAGAUGGUCGGGGUGCUAACCUGUUCCGAUUUUCAGGGCCCUUGGAAAGGCUCAUGAUGAUUUUUGGUCUUUUGGGAUCGAUGGCUGCUGGGUGUGGACUUCCUGUGAACAUGAUUGUCUUUGGCAAUGUUGUUGACAUGUUCAUCGAUGGCAACGAGAUAGCAAAAGCCACCAACUGGACAUACGGCGAUGUUCUGAAGGAGAAGAUGGCCACCUACAUGUCACACUUUCUCUUCAUCACUGCUGGAGUGUUCGUGACCAGCACGCUGGCCGUGACCCUGUGGACGAUGGCCGGCGACAGGCAGACUGUCCAGAUUCGAAAACGAUUCUUCAGGGCCAUCAUGCGCCAGGACAUCGGGUGGUUCGACACCCACGAGGCCACCGAACUCAACUCACGCUUUUCUGCUGAUAUACAGAAGAUCAGUGAAGGACUUUUCGAGAAGGUGGCCAUCGUCGUGCAGUGGAUGACCUCGUGGCUUGUCUCAUACAUCGUCGCCUUUAUCCAGGGCUGGAAGCUCACUCUCGCUGUCAUCGCCUUCGGGCCUUCGAUAAUUGCCAGCGCUUUAAUGAUGAAACUGGUAGACAUGGCGUCCAUCCGGGAACUGCAGGCGUACGCCAAGUCAGGGGCCAUCGCCGAACAGGCCCUGAGGGCCAUCCGCACCGUGCAGGCCUUCCAGGGACAAGAAAAGGAACACAAGCGCUACGAAGACAACUUGGUUUACGCCGUGAAGGCUGGAUCCAGAAAAGGUGUUUACCUCGGCAUCGCCAUUGCCUCGUAUUGGAUGCUCAUGUUCUUCUCCUCAGCUGUUUGUUUCUGGUAUGGCAUCCAUCUUAAUACAGACGGGGGUUUUAGCCCCGGAGACAUUAUAACUGUCUUCUUAGCGACCUUCGCUGGAGCCGCGUGUCUUGGCACUGCUCUGACGAACCUUGAGAGCAUCUCCAGCGCUCGCGCAGCAGCCACCAAGAUAUUCGAGGUCAUCGACCGUUGGCCUCAGAUUGAUGUUAGUUCUGACAAAGGGGAAAAGAUAGAAAAUCUUCAGGGGCUGGUCGAGUUCAAGAACGUCCACUUUUUGUAUCCUGCCAGACCGGAUAUACCAGUGCUGAAUGGCCUUGACCUUCGAGUGGACCCAGGUCAGACUGUGGCAUUGGUAGGAGCCAGCGGAUGCGAGAGUACGAUUAUUCAACUCUUACAGAGAUUUUAUGACCCGGAAAUGGGGCAGGUCACGGUGGAUGGACACGACAUCAAGACCUUGAAUCUGAAAUGGCUACGAGACCAGAUCAGCGUGGUCAGUCAGGAGCCCGUGCUCUUUGCUGCCACCAUCGCUGAAAACAUCAGGUACGGCAAGCGUGACGUCACCCAGGCCGCCAUCGAAGCUGCCGCCAAAGAGGCCAACGCCCAUGGCUUCAUUUCACAGCUUCCUCAGGGCUACGACACGCUGGUGGGAGAGAGGGGGGCGCAGCUGAGUCGGGGGCAGAAGCAGCGCAUCGCCAUUGCACGCGCCCUCGUGCGCAACCCGCGCAUCCUGCUGCUGGACGAGGCCACGUCAGCGUUGGACCACGAGAGCGAGGCCGCCGUGCAGAGCGCACUGGAGAAGGUCCGCUGGGCAGGGAGGACCACGAUCGUUAUCGCUCAUCGCCUGUCCACCAUCAGGAACGCGGACAAAAUUGUCUCCAUCAGUGCUGGCUGCAAGGAGGAGGAAGGCAACCACCACAGUCUCAUCGCCAAAGGUGGACUGUACGCUCAACUGAUCAACCUGCAGUGCACAGCAGAAAAAGAAACAGGAAAAGGUAUGUUAACAACUUGGACUGAACUGCUCUGUAGAACAAAUUAUUGUUAUUAUCUUACAUUGUCUAAUAAACACUUCACUGUAGAAGAUAAAUUAGUGGCACUAUUAAAUUGUCUAAUAGCACUUCCACCAAGUCCUCUAGUGACAACAGGAACAGAGCCAAUAAUGUUGUCAAAGGUUGAGAACGUAAGAGACCUGGAUGUUCUAGAGGAUGAUGAUGAUGCUGCUGAUGGCGAGUCUUUGGCCGAGGAAGACUCGGACCAGCAGAAAUUGAGGUUGAGUCGAGUUUCCACUGUCUCCGGCCGGUUCCGCACUCUCAGCAUCCGCUCCAGCAAACGCAGCAUCAGCAGCGGGAGUCACGUGGGCAAAGACGUGGACGUGACUGAGAAAGAGGAAGAAUAUCCAUCCUGUCUAAAAAGAAUUUUGCAGCUCAAUGCCCCGGAGUGGUUCUUAAUGCUGGUUGGAUUUAUUUGUUGCUCAGCGUCUGGUCUCGGUCCGCCAGCUUUCGGUUUCCUUUCAACAGAAUUUAUCAGAAUCUUCGCGUGUACAGACAAGGAGGAGCAGUCGUAUCAAGCCAUGGUCCUGGGCAUGAUUGUCAUUGGCAUCGGCCUGGCCAUGGGAUUUCUUAAUUUGCUGCAGCACUACUGCAUGUCAUUGUGGGGGUCAAAGUUGACGGCUCGUCUGCGCAGUAGGACGUUCAAGGCACUGAUGCGACAGGACAUGAACUUCUUUGAUGACCCAAAGAACCAAGUCAGUGUCCUGACCACAAAACUCUGGGCCGAUGCGGCGACAGUUCAAAUGGCCGCAGGGUCCAAGCUGGGUCAGGUGGUGGAAGCUGUCUUCACGGUCGCUGCUACUCUGGUGAUCGCCUUCGUGUUCGGCUGGAAGUUGACUCUGGUGACCCUGGUCUUCAUACCUGUCAUGAUUAUCGCAGACAUAGCUCAGAGACAGCUUCAGAAAGGCAUGGCCAAUUUGGAGAAAUCCAUGGUGCAAGAUGCUGGCAAGCUUUGCUCUGAAGCUGUGGACAAUAUCCGUACACUGACAUCACUGAACAGAGCAGACGUGUUCAUUGAGAGGCUGGAGCUCAUCCUCAGUGCAUCGAACAGCCUCCCUCUGGCAGAAGAUGACGAAGGCAGCAGUCACUCACGGCGUGUUCUACGGCAUCUCCAACAGCAUCGUCUUCGGCUCUACGCCGCGGCCUUCACCUACGGUACGAUGCUGGUGGCCAAUGAAGAGAUGAAGUUCUUCGCCGUCUUCAGAGUCGUUAUUACAAUAGUACUCGGUAUCUCAUCUGCUGGCUAUCAAAGUUCCUACGGACUCUACUAUGUGAGGGCCAAGCUGGCUGCCGGCAGGUUGUUCGCCAUCAUUGACAGCCAGCCCAAGAUCGACAUCAAUAAGUCCGGUGGUCUGACACUGACGAACUGCAGCGGACAGGUGGCAGUGGCCGACGUGACCUUCUUCUACCCCACGCGUCCCACAGUUCGGGUGCUGGGUGGCCUGACGAUGUCUCUGGAAGCAGGUCACACCCUGGCGCUGGUCGGGAAAAGUGGCUGCGGCAAGUCUACAAUCAUUCAACUGUUACUAAGGUUCUACGAACCAGAUUAUGGAGCUUUGUCAUUGGACGGCGAGGACCGCAACCUUGACCUCCGGUGGUUGCGGCAGCAGAUCGGCCUGGUGUCGCAGGAGCCAGUUCUGAUGGACGGCAGCAUCGCCAGCAACAUCGCCUACGGCGACAACACGCGGGAAGUGCCGAUGGCUGACAUCAUCGCUGCGGCCAAGACCGCCAACAUCCACAGCUUCAUCGAGAGUCUUCCGCAGGGUUAUGAGACUAAUGUAGGCGACAAAGGGACACAACUGAGUGGUGGGCAGAAGCAGCGAAUCGCGAUCGCACGCGCACUCGUGCGUAACCCACGUGUCCUGCUGCUGGACGAGACGACCUCUGCCCUGGACACAGAGAGCCAGCGGGUGGUGCAAGAAGCCCUCCAGAAGGCAUGUGAAGGCCGCACGUGCAUCGUCAUCGCUCAGCGACUGUCAACCAUCCAGAACGCCGACAUGAUCGCGGUCAUAGGUCAGGGGCAGGUGGUGGAGAGCGGCACCCACAGUCAGCUUCUGGCCAUGAAAGGGAGAGUAUUACAACCUGCUGCAACUGAAGGACGAUGGCGAGGCCGACUGAUCACGUGCCAAGAUGUCGGCCAGCUCCUGACCUACCCACCAAGUCGCUGGCCAACAGGACUGUGAUUGUCGUUACGCCUCAGAAACUUGCAGUUUUCAUGCGCCAUUUGGGAAGCAUUUGUUUACAACACAGUUCAUCCAGAACUGAGAGAAUCCCGUUUAUGAUAUUUUUUUUAUCUGAAUCCUUUAACUGCAGUAAGAAACGCACUGUGUUUACAGGCGAGUGAAGUCAUUUUGAACUGAUGGUGGUGGUGGCUGAUGGAACACGUGUCCAGCGAUACACUAGCAAUGACAUCUGAGGCCACAGUGCAGGGGAGAUAACCUAGCUUUGAAACACGCUGAACUGUUCCUUCACUGUUAUGUCCCUUGCCAGUGGUCUGAUAAAGGCGAGUGGUCAUUUUGAACUGAUGGUGGUGGUGGUGGCUGGUGGCUGAUGGAAAACUUGUGUCCAGCGAUACACUAGCAACGACAUCUGAGUUGGCUGAAAGGCUGUGAAGCGGGAGCUUGCAACAUAACACCAUCUUUUAUUGAUGGGAACUGGGCUUGGUGCUGUGGACACGUGAUCACUGGAAGCGCAUUCAAAAACAUUUGUCAUCCAGACACGUUAAUUUUAUUUAUUAAACUUCAUAAUUUAUUCUUAUUCUCUUACUCUCUUGCUUCACUGCACUAUGUUUUAAGCUAUGCGUAGCUCAGAUAACAAGGCACAGACGCUUUUAUCUGCAGUUAAAAGUGAAAAAUGAUUCCCUUUCAAAAUAACCAUUCCGGUGUUCAAUAGCCGAGGGUCUAUUGCUUCAUAGAUAAAGAUGAAAGAUGAACAAGGACUGGUUUCCUCUAUGUUGAUAUGCUAUAAGCUACCAUAACACUAAUUUAGGUUGUUUUCCUUACUGGUUGUAUAGUUCUGGUACCUUGUGAAGUAAGACCCACUGAGGCCACAGUGCAGGGGAGAUAAGCGUGCUUUGAAACACACUGAACUGUUACUUCACUGUUAUGUCCCUUGCCAGCGGUCUGAUAGCAUGUCUAAAGUCCCUACAGCCUGAGUGAUUCGCAGAGAUUUCUUUAUUUUGGUGUGGCUGAUUAGUCCACUGAAGUUGCUGAUACUGAGGUAGCUAGCAAUGAAAAAAUGUCCUUUAUCAACGUAUUUUUCACUCUUUCCUUUUGUCUGUCUGGAUGUAAGUAAAUUUUUAGAAGGCGAGAAAGUUGUUUUCUUUUCUUCUUCUUCUCGCGUUUGUUUAGGAUCUAAAGCAGAACCUCAGGACAGCCAAAAAAGUUGUAUUUGUUUCCUUUUAAAGAGGAUAUUUUUCUUGUAUCUAGAGCAGAUAUUUGAAAUUUAUCCUUUACAGGUUGUCUGGUAUUUAAUCAUAUUAGGCGCCACACUGAAAGAAUUACUACGAUUAGCUAAAUAAACUCAGAUACACCAUGGCUGUAAUCACAGAAUGUUUGCUGUAUAAAACUAUUAGAACAAUAUUAUUCUUGUAAAAUAGUAUUAAACACAUGCGUUUAU